AUGGAGAUGUCGACGAGCUUCCCGCUGCCUUGUCUCGCCAUGGUGCACGGCGUAGGCGCCGAACACCAACAACCCACGGCGACGACGCUGUUCAGUCUCGCCGGCGCGAGGCCCCUCGCCGGAGUCGCCCUUGAGGAGGAGCUGAAGAACAAAUCAGUCUGCCCCACGCCGCAGGGGUGGGUGCUAGUCCAGCACCGAGACGCCGCCGCCGCCGCCGCCACCUACCUGCUGGAUCCGCGCAGCAGCCAAAGGAUCGACCUGCCGCAUCUCGCAAUCCAGCAGGGCCUGAUCCCCUACUGCAGCUGCCUGCUCGCCGGCGACCCCACGGCCCCGGGGUGCCCAGUGCUAGUGGUGGAGCCCAUGGCCACCUUGCUAUGGUGCUGCCGCGUCGGCGACGGCGAGUGGACCAGGCACGACUACGACAUCGGGACCCUGGGAGACGAGCACUUCGUCGAGAAGAGGGUCAUCGCGCCCAUCGCCGCGUGCCGGGGCAGGUUCUAUUUCAACGCCGUGCCCGCCGAGACGCGCGUGCUGGAGCUGGCUCGCCCAGGGUCGGGGGCGCCGGCGUUUAGCUCGGUCGCGACGGAGCCCGCGGAGGCCGACAGGUUCGGGCGGGCGAGGGUGUUCAUGGUGGGGACGGACGACGACGAGCUGUACAAGGUCGUGCUGCUGCAUCACGGAGGGUCCUACGACGAGGCCAGGGUCCUCAAGAUGGACUUGUCGGAGCGCCGGUGGCGCCCCGUCGAGGACCUCUGCGGCCGCGCCUUCUUCGUCGCCCCCAUGUACUUUGGCGCGUCGUGUGCGCCCACCGGCGGCCGGGUCCGGCAGGACUGCAUCUACUCGUUGGUUGGAGUGGCCAGGAACACUUUCAGGGUCUUCAGUCUGAAAGAUGGGACUUCAGAAGUGCGCCAACUCGAAGAAGAAGAAGAAGAGCAACCUGCGCCGGAAACAGUCGGAAAAUCGAGACCAUGUUGGGUGCUUCCAACCCAUCCAACAUCGUAG